CUCCUCGCCGCACGUUCGCUCCCUCGCAGCCUGCGGUUCCGCGCGGGGAGGCCGGCGUGUGGGAAGUGCCCCGGAACGGACUGACAAAAGUGUCUUCCCAGCUGUCAGCGCCUGUUCGCCAUGGAGCUGGUCAGCCCGAGUUCCAGCUUUCGGUCGGACUUGGAUUUCUGUCCGGAUUGCGGCUCCGUCCUGCCUCUGCCCGGGGCUCAGGAUCAGGUCGCCUGCCCUCGCUGUGGCUUCUCCAUCAGUGUGAGGGAUUUCGAAGGGAAGGUUGUGAAGACCUCAGUUGUGUUCCACAAACUUGAUACAGCUGUGCCUAAGUGUGUGGAGGAAGGACCAGAGUCACAGGGGCCAGUGGUUGACAGGCGCUGCUCUCGAUGUGGACAUGAGGGGAUGGCAUACCACACCAGACAGAUGCGCUCAGCUGAUGAAGGGCAGACUGUCUUCUAUACUUGUAUCAACUGCAAGUUCCAGGAAAAGGAAGACUCUUGAUCUUUACUGGGCAACUCAACAAUAUCUUCCUCCUCUUGGAAGGUGAAGAUACUGGUUCUUAGAUCCCUUUGCCAUCCCCUUUGGUUAGCAUUGUUUUGCUCUCGGAGAAUAGAAUCAUGUGGAUACUGUUGUUGUCCCCAGACUACUGUAUCUCCUAAUUGAGUUUAUUAAAGUUAUAUUUUUCUAUAAAA